AUGGAUCGUAAUAAUUUGAAUAGAAAUACAUCCACCCUUCCCAUUACUGGGCCAAGCAAACAUCUCAAAAGACAGACCACAUUUAUUCGCCCCGCCCAGAUGGGCCUAUUUUCCCGAGUAACUUGCCACCCACCUCUAGGGCAAUUAACUUGUCCAUCUAGGGCAUUGUCGGAAGAUGCACUGAGAUUUACAGUCGUCAUCGAAUCUAGUACUUCAUUCCCAGAGGAAUCUGGCUGGGAAGCUCAGAUCUGGCACAACAUUCUUGAUACAGAAUGGAUGGCACUUCCGUUACGAAAGGCUCCAUCGUCGCAUGCGCCAUUAUUGACUGGACAUGAAUCUGAAUAUAAAUUUUAUCGCUAUGUAUUCUCAGGCGAGAUCGAGUUUCCAGCAGCCGGUGGACAUGCACAAUUCACCGUGCGCUUCCGUACAAACCACGACAGCGAAUGGUUAUGGGCCAACCAACAGCAAUCAGUCACCGAUGGUGAAUUGGUAUUUAGCCCAUCGACCUCUAUGCUAGAAAAACUAUCGAAACCCGGUGCGUCCUCACUGAAUGCGGCAGCUGAGCUUGCAAACUAUAUCGACAACGUUUCUUCCGAGGUGACGGUCGAGGUACGAGCUAGUGAAGCUCCAGGAUCUGUUUUAUGGACCAUUUUGGGUGAUACAAAUGUUGCUCUAGACGGAUUCUCCGGUGUAAAACGACUUGUGCUGGGGACCCCUUCCUCGGUCGUCAGAUGGUUUUCUUUGGUGCGAAUCUGGAGUCCGUGGUUGGGACCUAGACAUGGCAAAGACACUUUUCGGUUGACAGAGGAUGCCAUUCUAUGCUCGUUUCUUCGCAAGGAUGGGCAACAUCUCGUCUUCUUAGCUGUCUCGGGAAUUCAUGAUGUCGUGACUGUUUUCCAGUCCGGUGAUAAUGGCGAAAUAAUUGUUUCGUCAAGGAGUGAUAGCAGUGAGAUAUCUAAGUUUCAAGUCCUUGUUGCUGCCGCGGAAGACUUUGAAGUUGCUAUGUCUGCCGUAAUCUAUGAAUCUAGGAAAUUGGUCAGACCGUUCAGUCAGUCUCUCGAUAUCACUUUUGAUAAGCGGCCAUUGUCUCCUCCUGGUGACGACGAGGUUCUUGUGGAGAAAGAUGUUGAGACCCAGUGGCAGACGGAGUGGCUUGAUGGACUAACAUACUGCACCUGGAACGGGCUGGGUCAGGACCUGACUGAGGAAAAAAUAAUUGGUGCUUUAGAUGCUCUCAAGGCCAAGGGAAUCAAUAUUGUAAACUUGAUCAUCGACGAUAACUGGCAGAGCCUGGACAACGAGGGCGAAUCUCAAUUCAAAAGGAGAUGGACCCAGUUUGAGGCAAACCCGAAGGCAUUCCCCAAUGGCUUAAAGAGUACUGUGAGUAGCAUUCGCCGAGCCCAUCCCAAUAUCCAACAUGUCGCGGUCUGGCAUGCUUUGCUAGGCUACUGGGGCGGCAUCUGCCCUAAAGGUGAUUUCCCACAAAAGUACAAAACCAAAGAAGUGAAAGUCAAGGAUCCUUCUCCAACAGGUCCUAUCGCGCAUAAUAUCAAGGACGGCAAGAUACUGGCCAUUGAUCCAGAGGAUGUGCAACGUUUCUAUGAAGAUUUCUACAGGUAUCUUUCGUCUGCGGGCGUGGACUCGGUCAAGACAGACGCCCAGUUCUUCAUCGACCUGCUCGAGGACCCGGAAGACCGAAAGAGGUUCAUGACAUCGUACCAAGACGCAUGGACAAUUGCUUCACUAAAGAACUUUGGCAAACGUGCAAUCUCCUGCAUGUCAUUGAUCCCUCAGGCGAUCUUUCACUCACAACUACCAACCAACAAACCAACAAUCGCACUACGUAACUCAGAUGACUAUUUCCCCGAUGUACCCGAGUCUCAUCCAUGGCAUGUGUUCUGCAAUGCGCACAAUGCGCUCCUCACCCGGUUCCUGAACGUCUUACCCGAUUGGGAUAUGUUCCAGACCAGCAAUGCCUAUGCUUCUUUCCACGCCGCAGCGCGUUGUAUAUCUGGCGGGCCGGUGUAUAUCAGUGAUGAACCAGGCAAACACGAUGUAAAGAUUAUUGAUCAGAUAACAGCGCCAACGAUACAAGGAAGCUCAGUCACCUUGCGCCCGAGCGUUAUUGGCCGCACAAUUGAUAUUUACCAUGAUUACAACGAAGGUAGCAUCCUGCGCGUUGGAAGUUAUACAGGUCGGGCAAAGACUGGUAGUGGAAUCUUGGGUCUUUUCAACAUUUACUCCGCCGAGACAUCAUGCCUCGUCUCGCUGAUAGACUUCCCAGGAAUACACGCUGAUAGCGAUGGUGACUAUGUGAUCCGCGCUUAUACCAGCGGCAAAAUAACAGAACAUAUGCGAAAUCUCUCCCAGGAUUCACUUGUUGCCGUUUCCCUAGAGCAGAAGGGAUGGGAGAUUCUCACUGCCUACCCGACCCAAUCAUUUUCUGCGAAGAGGAGCAAAAGGUCUAACUCGUCCAUCGAUGAUUUAAUCCAUGUUGCUGUUCUGGGUCUUAUUGAUAAAAUGACUGGCGCGGCUGCUGUUGCUAGCUCAGAUGUAUUGGUCGUUGAGGGUGGUAGAUUGCGAUUUGACGUACUUCUUAAGGCGCUGGGUACGCUUGGAAUCUAUAUUUCUGAUCUUCAGGAUAAGGAUAUUGCUGAGGACUUUAUGGUUACGAUUCUUGGAAAACCGAUUCCUCAGAAUAACGUGUGGAAAGAAGGCGGCGAGAGCUCAAAUUUACUGGCUAUUGAUGUUCUGACCGCGUGGAGGACUAUGAAGCUGGAUGCUGGGUGGAGCAACGAAGUUUUGGUCCAAGUUUAUGUUAAUUAA